AUGGAUCCCGAGAAGUUUCUCCAAUUGCCUGUGACGAUCAGAAAAGAAGUUUAUUUUCAUCUAGAUGGAGCAUUCACAAAUAUCCACCAGCGGACAAAUUCAAUCUUGAAUAAACAUAACCUAUUAAAUUUAUCAACCUUUCUUCCGAAACCUACAAGAACAGAAAAACAGAAAAAAUUAUUAAAGAGACUAUAUCCAAUUUAUUCUCCAUACUUAUCCAUUUUUGAAUAUGAUCCUACGGGGAUAGAUCAAUGGUUAAAAUAUGCACUAUGGCUUCGUUACGAUUCCAUUAUUCUCGAUUGCAUUAGGGUAAACCACUUAUAUGAAGGCAAUAUACUGGGACCCAUGGAUUGGAUUACCUUAGACGACAAACUGCAAUUAGGUUAUUUUGAUGAAUUGUGUCUUUUACAAGUUUGGUAUACCUAUAAGGAAUAUGCAACUUGGAUCAUUGAAGGUGGCCACGAUGAUAACCUAAUUACUGAAACCGAGUACUUAAGUAUUAAUACAGAAUGUCUUUCACCAAAAAUGAUUAAGGAGACUUUGACGACGAUGAAGGAAAAGAAAGUACUGCCGUUAAUAUACUAUGCAUUCUUAAGUCAGAUCCAACAGGAAAAUGACAGUGAAGAUGAUGAAUUUGAAGCUAGAAAAAUUGACUAUGAUACUAGUGAUAAUAAUGACGAGCUUUCAAGUAAAACUAGAAACAGCACUCCACGAGAAUCCCGAAAAGGUAAAGAGUAUAAUCUUCAAGACCCUUUAUUGAUCACUUUUAUGGGACAAUUAGAACAAAUGAAAAAUCUCAAGAAGAUAUCUGUAAGAGGUGAUAUCAUAUAUGAAUCCUCUAUCAACAGUCACGGUAUCAGAGAACGUGGUCGUGGUAUUAAGCAUUUAGUGAAAAGGAAAAUUGUGUCGUUAGAGUUGUUUCAGGUACAUGAUCUAACUAAAUCAGGAGUUGCAGAUUUUACAAAAUGGACGAACCUACGAGAGCUAAGAAUAAACCAAUUGGAAAAUGCAGAUCUUAAUCAGCUUGUCUUACCUCCAACAUGUAAACUUCUGAUAAUAAAUAACUCGUUUAAAAUAACUUGGUGGAGGGUAAUGGCACAAAUAGAGGGGAUAUUGACACCAGGGCAUCGUUUCAUAACAGAGUGUUACAAAGGAGCAACGAAUGUACAAUGUAGAGAAGCGGAAAAGUGUGAUCAUAGGAAAUUAGUUACCUUAGAUCCUGAUUCUAUUCCUGCUGACGUUAUGUUUGAUUGCGAGAAGCUUCUUUGGAAAUCUUUUGCGGGACUGAAUUAUAUCGAACUCAGAGAUACUUUUAACAUUCUAGAUGAAACUAUCGUAGUACCGCGAGUGUUAUUCGAAAAUAAUAGAAUAAAACUGUUUGGUAAAAAUAAUGUAGAGAAGGUUAUACUAAUUUAA